AUGACACGACUCGUCCAGCAUUGCCUUCUCUUCCUAACUAUUCUCGUCAUCCACACUGAUUUCGCAUCUGCGGCCAUGGAACAGUUCAAAGAAUGGUACCCAGAAUGGGGAUUCAUCUUCGCCCGCAUCCUGGAAGAGAAAUGCCAGAAAGAGUACCAACUCUACCAGGGCGGCAUCACUCCUGGGACAAAAUCGUACGAAAAGGCCCAUUGGCUCGGCGCCGGCCCACGGUCGGCGAGCGUCGUGCCCCUCGUCAACUGCAUCGUGGACGAAUCCUCCGAGUAUCAGAAGAGCGGAAUGGCCGCGGCCAACGUCGUUCUCGGUUUGACUCCAGCCAUCUUGGCCGCCCUCGGCUCUACGGUCGAUGAGACAUCCCUGCUCUACAUUUUUGGCAGGCGACCAGUCCUAGGCUUUCUCCUCAGCGCCGGAUCGCCCGGUGUACCGCCGCGUCCUCUGUUUGAGUACCGCAAGUUCAGCGAAUUGCAGGAGAGACGACCAGGCCGGCUUAAUAUCCCACCCUUGUCUUUUCGCGGUGAGGCACUGAUCUGGAUUGCUGAGCACCUCAUUGCGGUUGGGUCGAUUAUCAACGUGGCGCAACUGGGAUAUCAGCUCGGAUCCAGAGUCAUCAUGGUUUUUGCACCUGAAUUGACCUUCCUCAUUCUUCUGUGGCUCUUCUUGGGUACUGUCGCGCAUAUGCUUGCGGCAUUUUCUCUUCACCUCCGUGUCAAGAUCAAGAAUCCACACAUCAGAGAGCCAGGCACUUGGUUCAAGUCCUGGAUCGCGCCAUGGAAAGUAGAGAAACAGACAGAGUUCAUAAUCAGGCACGAAACACUCGUCUACACUUGUUUCUCGGGCUUCGUAUCUCUUCUCAUCACCGCGCACAUCAUAUUCGGCACGUUGGUAUUCUCCAGCGCGCUCUUCAUCUCGGUCAGAGAUUGUCUUCCUGUUGUCGCGCGGCUGAUAGGGUCCGUCAUCGCCUGCAGGAUGGUGCUCAUGUACGAGCUUUCCAGGCUUCGGCGUCUUUGCCAGGGGAGGGAUGGAGAGGCGCCAUUGUACGCGAUAACGCUUCCGGAAGAGGAGAAUCAGGACCGAAGUGUAGAGUCUGGGAGUUUGACGGAGCUUUGCCGCUUGACUCGGACAGGAACAGAUAGCAGCACUAAGCCGCUGAUCCAUGGGUAG